UGAUCCCCAGAUGUCGCUGGACUCCCAGCAUUGGCGAUUGGCGUCUGGCGGUUAGGUUAGACUCGGACGUGGACCCAAGGUCUGCGGUUGUGAGUAUAGCGAGUACAUGGUUUCAAACUGUUGUUACUUUUAUUCCGAUUUUUGUUUAACCCAAAAGAAUCUGUGUUAAUUAGUAGAAAUCUUAUUUUAUAACUUGAAAGACCCUGUGUACUGGCAAAGAUGGAAAAGCCACAGAAGAUGCCCAAAGUGGCCAAGGUCAAAAACAAAGCUCCGGCCGAGAUUCAGAUAACGGCCGAGCAACUGCUCCGAGAGGCUAAAGAACGAGAUUUGGAAAUCUUACCACCGCCUCCUAAGCAAAAAAUCUCUGACCCACACGAGUUAGCCGACUAUCAACACCGGAAUCGCAAAGCUUUUGAGGAUUCGAUUAGGAAGAAUAGGUUAUCCAUAGCAACAUGGAUAAAAUAUGCUCGUUGGGAGGAAAAUCAAAAACAAAUAGAAAGAGCUCGGUCGAUAUACGAGCGAGCACUAGAUGUAGACCACAGAAACAUUACUCUGUGGCUAAAGUAUGCAGAAAUGGAAAUGCGGAAUCGUCAAGUAAACCAUGCAAGAAACCUGUGGGACAGAGCUGUAACCAUAUUGCCAAGGGUGAAUCAGUUCUGGUACAAGUAUACGUAUAUGGAGGAGAUGCUAGAAAAUAUAGCAGCAGCCAGACAAGUAUUCGAGAGGUGGAUGGAGUGGGAACCACAUGAGCAGGCAUGGCAAACGUAUAUCCACUUUGAACUGAGGUACAAAGAGCUCGAGAGGGCAAGACAAAUCUAUGAAAGAUUUGUUAUAGUCCAUCCGGAUGUGAAGCACUGGAUUAAAUACGCGCGAUUCGAAAAGAAUCACGGCUAUAUAAACGGAGCACGCAAUGUAUACGAGCGAGCUGUUACAUUUUUUGGUGAUGAGAACCUUGAUGAAAGGUUGAUCAUUGCCUUUGCCCAAUUUGAAGAAGAGCAAAAGGAGCACGAUAGAGCCCGUGUAAUAUAUAAGUAUGCCUUGGAUCAUAUUCCCAAGGAAAAAACUCAAGAAAUUUAUAAGGCAUAUACGAUUCAUGAGAAAAAGUAUGGAGACCGUUCUGGAAUCGAAGACGUGAUUGUUAGUAAGAGAAAACACAAGUAUGAGCAGGAAGUGAAUGAAAAUCCAAAAAAUUAUGACGCCUGGUUCGAUUAUCUUAGGUUACUUGAAUCGGAGGGAAAUGUUGAGAUUGUAAGAGAAACAUACGAGAGAGCCAUUGCAAAUGUACCUCCAACUGAGGACAAGGAAUUUUGGAGAAGAUACAUUUACCUUUGGAUCAAUUAUGCAUUGUACGAAGAACUUGAAGCAGAAGAUGUAGAAAGGACGCGUCAAGUUUACAAAGUGUGUUUAGAAUUAAUACCACACAAAAUCUUUACGUUUUCAAAAAUAUGGCUGUACUAUGCACAGUUUGAAAUCAGGCAGAAGAACCUACAAGUUGCGAGGAAAACAUUGGGCCUUGCUCUUGGUAUUUGUCCAAGAGAUAAAUUAUAUCGAGGCUACAUAGAUCUCGAAAUUCAACUCCGCGAGUUCGAGAGAUGUAGGAAGUUGUACGAAAAAUUUCUCGAGUUUGCUCCUGAAAAUUGCACCACAUGGAUGAAGUUUGCAGAGCUUGAAGGAUUUUUAGGUGAUACGGAAAGAGCCAGGGCCAUUUAUGAAUUAGCUAUAAAUCAGCCAAGACUGGACAUGCCUGAAGUUGUGUGGAAGUCAUACAUAGACUUUGAAAUAAGUCAAGAAGAGCCUGAAAGGGCAAGGAAUCUAUACGAAAGACUGUUAGAAAGAACAAUGCACGUUAAGGUUUGGAUAGCUUAUGCGAAAUUCGAAAUGCUGAAUACCGAGGAAGGCAUUGAUAAUGUAUCAUUAGCUAGAAGAAUUUAUGAAAGAGGAAACGAUUCAUUAAAAGCUAGUGCUUCAAAUGAAAGCCGUGCACUGCUUUUUGAAGCGUGGGCGGACUUUGAGAAAGCCCAUGGAGAUGACGAUAGCCGAGCUAAAAUUGCUGCCAAAAUGCCUCGUCGGGUCAAACAGAGGCGACGAGUAAUUGCCGAAGACGGGACCGACGAUGGCUGGGAAGAAGUAUUUGAAUUCAUCUUCCCUGAAGAUGAACAAAAUAGGCCGAAUUUGAAGAUUCUCGCUUCAGUUCAGGCAUGGAAAAAAGAAAAGGCCGAAAAGGAGGCAAGGGAGAAGGAAGCUGAAAAACAACGUGAACAAGAAAAAGAGACCGAAUGAGGAUGGAAGAGGAGACAAUAAUAUUUGUGUACAGAGAAUAAAAAAUUUUGCGUACAAGACUGUAAAUAUAACUUAUAAGGUGUACUCAAAAAUAAGUGUGUUGGAACGUUAUUUUGUAUGCUCAUUGAUGCCCACUAUGAUUAUGACGUUCGUUAACGAAUGGUAGCGGGUGGACGUAAAUCAAGAUGUUGAUUUUAACUUUGAAUAAUUUAUUUUAAACGUAUAAAAGCCAGAUAUAAAA